CUUAGUCCCGCCGGUAUUACACUUACACACUCAAGUCGAUGACAUCGCUUUGCAAGAUCUUGUGAAGAUGGAGACCGCGAACCAAAGCUCAGAGGAGCAGAAGACACAGGCCUCAUUCUACUACGAUGAGGAUUCGGGGGAGUACGACGACGACCCGAUGGAGCUGGCCAAGGCGCAACCCUGCUCGAUGGCGGUGGCGCAGCACUUCCUGCGCAUCUUCGCGCCCGUCCUCUACUCCCUGGUUCUGCUGCUGGGCGUGGCAGGCAACGGGUUGGUGGUGGUGGUGAUUGGCCGCUGCCGGGGCCCCCGGCGCACCGCCACCGAUACCUUCCUACUGCAGCUGGCCGUCGCAGACCUGCUGCUCGCUCUGACCCUUCCCUUCUGGGCGGCCGAGGCGCUGGUGGGCUGGCGCUUCGGCACGGUGCUCUGCAAGCUGGUAGGCGCCAUGUUCGCCCUCAACUUGUACAGUGGCCUGCUGCUGCUUGUCUGCAUCAGCUUCGACCGCUACCUGGCCAUCGUGCACGCCGUGCAGAUGUACAAGCGCAGGCGUCCGGCUUACCUGCACGCCGCCUGCCUCGCAGUAUGGGCCCUCUGCGCCCUGCUCGCUGCCGUGGACCUGGCUUUCCGCGACGAGUUCGAUUCCAGCUACCUGAACGGGACAGUAUGCACUUACGUGUUCCCGGCCCAGGGCGCCGAUGGCUGGAAAUUGGCACUGCGCCUGACUCAUCAGGUCCUGGGCUUCUGCUUGCCCGUGGCCGUCAUGGUGUACUGUUACGGCGGCAUCUUCAGGACCGUAUGCGGUGUUCAGCUGGCCGAAAGGCAGAGAACGCUGCGAGUGGUGGUGGCGGUGGUCACCGUCUUCCUGGGUUGCUGGACGCCCUACCACGUCGUGUUAUUUCUCGACACCCUGCAGGGACUCGGGGCGCUGACAAGCACCUGCGGCCUAAUCAGCGCGCUCGACGUCGGCCGCCCCGUCACCCAGGGCCUGGGCCUGGCGCACUCGUGCCUCAACCCGUUAAUCUAUGCCCUGAUCGGAGUGCGGUUCCGGCGGGAGGCGGUGCGGGUGCUAGCCCGGAUCGGUUGUCCCUGCGCCCGGGACGGAGACCGAAGGGCGAGGCAGGGGACCCGCGGCAAGAGGGGCUCGUCCGGCAUUUCCGGCUCCGAGACCUCGACCACUUACUCGGCGCUGUGGUAGGGCAACUGAGUGCAGCCCUCCCUCCUUCGAUCCACCCAUUCCUCCCACUCCUGCCAUCAUCUUGCCCUCCCCCAUUUUCUUCAUCCAAUCCUCCAUCUCUCUAUCCAUUACACCAACUCGCCUUCCCUCCGUCACUCUUGCCCCACAACCCUCCCUGCUCCCUCCAGCCCUGACACCCUCCCUCCCCUACCCUUCCGGACCUCGCCAUCCGUCCCAUCCUGUCCCCCACGCUCCAUAUCUCCCCCUUCCCUCAAACCCUCCAUUUAUUCUAGUAGUGACUGCACCCUAACCCGAGGUCCAGGACAACUGCGGGCAGACAGCAAGACCCCUUGGGGAGCUUCGUGGGAUGAGGUAGCCCAGGAGAGAAUGAUCCCACCCGCAGCUCCUCUCUUCAGUGUCUCCCUCGCAUCUGACCGUCCCCCGUCCCCCACCCCACACCACCACCACCACCUCCACGAAUCAGCCAAGUUUCUGCAGGAGCCGUCGUGUCCUCUGCAGGAAAUUCCUCAGGAUCGUCCCGAUGUCAGCGAAUCGGGGGAACAGUGACAGCUCACCUUCCGAGAGAAGAGACUUCCAGAUAUCCACGAGGAAGGAAUUCCAUCGGGGUAGUGCCUCAUCUUUGGACAGUGACAUGUGCUUCUAAUAUCUGAUACCCCCCCACACACACCCUGUCCUCGAUGGCCAGAAUGGACUCACACAUCAACAGUGCAAGCGGCCAGAUAGAGACGAAAAGGGAUCACCCACAGAGCAUGGGAAUAGGAGCCGUCGGGGCAGGGGAACGAUCGAUGGAAUGCGAACACAGGCCAGACUGGUCUCCACUCUUGUGCAGGCCGAGUCACAAAUGUACUCACCGUAUAACUAAUAAACGAG